UUCAGUUCUGUACAUUACCUUCAGGAUAUCAUACAUCAAAUUCACAAGAUUCUAAUAUUAAGUGUGAUUAUGAGGAUUGCAAUAUUGAAGAGGAUUGUGAUUCAAACAUUUUGAUAUGUGGUCAGUAUUGUUUAGAUUAUUUUAUUAAUGGAAUUGAAAAUUUAG